AUGACUUCUACGCAAUGCGAAUUGUAUUUGUAUACUCCUAGCCUUGCAUUGGCAAUUAUCGCAGUUAUUCUAUUCUCUACCCUGACUACCAUCCACAUAUACCGCAUGAUUGAGUCAAAAGCGUGGUUCGGCAUAUUCUUCGUCCUCGGUGGUCUGGCACAAUUGGUCGGAUAUACAGCGCGAUCCUUUUCGACGCAAGAUGUUUGCGAUAGGGCCACGUACGGUGUGCAAUCAGUUGCACUGUUGAUGGGACCGACAUUGAUAAUGUUUUCCGUCAACCUCACUCAAAGCGAAUUUGUUAACGUGCUCGAUGCCGAACAAUUUUGUUGGCUCCCACUGGCGUGGCAGAGGGGCGCCUAUCCCGCUCUGAACGCAAUUUUGAUGGUCGUUCAGCUUGUUGGAGGGUGCAUGACAGUCUCAUCCUCGACUGCAACGGUGGCGACGGGGACGAAGCUAACAAUUGCUUUAUACGUGAUCCAGACAGUUUUCUGGGGAUUCACUAUGGCAGAAAAUAUCUGGAUGAGCUAUCGCUUGGGACGCCAUCCUACAGCUGCUAGUAGCUGCGUGCUGGCUAGCUGGAAGAUGUGGAACCAAUUGAUCCCCUUAGCAGGCUCAAUCAUUGCCACUGGACGCAACGUGAUGCGGCUGACAAUGGCGGGCGGCAUUGAGUUUCUCGUGGACUAUGAAUGGCCUUCGUACGCAUUUGAUGGGUAUCAAAUGGUCGUGGUUUUAGGUGCGUGGGGGAUCUUGUACUUACCGGGGAAGUGUCGGGAACUUUCUACUCGAGUGCGCUAUACAAACCUCACUCGGCUGAGAGAGUGA